AUGUUCCUAUGGAUGUAUGUUGAUCAACAGAACCCUCGAACAUGGACCGAAGCCUCUCGUGACACAGCACAGGCUCACCAAAAAGCUGCCCAUACAGCCCGACUCCUUUGUAAAUGGGCACGUUCAUUUGUCGAACACCAUGGCAACCUCCCAAUGAACCUUUACGGAAGUUGGAAUGUGUCCCUGCUUGAUAAAGGGGACCUUGCCGAAGCUAUUCACAGGCACCUGCAAAGCAUCGGAAAAUAUGUCAGAGCACAGGACAUUGUUGAUUACCUUGCACAACCCAAUGUACAGCAGAAACACGGCUUGAAGAAGACAAUUUCCCUCGCAACUGCUCAACAGUGGAUGCACAUGAUGGAUUUUCGCUGGACGAAGUCUCCGUCAGGUCAAUAUGUCGACGGUCACGAACGUGAUGACGUCGUUACAUACCGUCAAAAAAAAUUCCUACUGUCGAUUGCAGAACUCUUCAUACACAUGCGUACGUGGAAGGAUGGUCUUGAAGAAGCUAGUGAUGAGCCUCGCCCACACACCCAGCUUUACUGGGUGCACGGAAACGAAACUGCGAAGCCUCGUCCCAAAGGGGAAGGGGCCUCAUUGAUGGUCGCAGACUUUGUUUCAGCCGAUUACGGGUGGCUGCGCUCAAGUUGUGGUGAAGAAGCUGCCAGAAUACUUUUCCGCGCGGGAAAAUCCCAGGACAGCUACUUCACCAAUGCAUCAAUCCUCCGACAUGCUGAAUUGGCCAUGGACAUCCUUGAUCGACACUACCCACAUGACCAGGCAUUCGAGAGAACCAUGAUAGGCAGCGACGGCAAGCCAGUUCAUGGCGCUGAUGGCAAAGCACUCAACGAAAAAGUGCGCAUGGCAGAUGGUGUGUUGCCUGAUGGGAGUGCACAGUGUUUUUACUUUCCAGAAGGUCAUGCACGUGCUGGCAGAUUCAAAGGCAUGGCCGAAAUUCUCAAGGAGCGUGGUUUCGAAGGCUGCAAAAAACUUCGUGUGGAGUGCCCAAACUUCCGGUGCAACCCAAACAUCAAUCGUUGUUGCUGUCGACGUUUGCUAUAUAAUCAGCCCGACUUUUUAAAUGUUAAAUCUAACAUUGAACUUGCUUGUGAAAAACGUGGUUACAAGGUCCUGUUCUUGCCAAAAUUUCAUUGUGAACUCAACUUCAUCGAGCAGUGCUGGGGAUUUGCCAAGCACCAUUAUCGACAAUUGCCACCAAGCUCGUCCGAGGCAGUGCUCAUGCAGAACAUUAUUGAUUCUCUUGAAGCUGUUCCACUUGUAUCAAUGCGAAAGUUUGCUACACGAUCACUGCGUUUUAUGGACGCAUACCGCAAGGGUUUAAAUGGCAAGCAAGCUGCAUUUGCGACGAAAAAGUAUCGUGGUCACCGCACUCUCCCACUGUCUGUUUUUGAUGAUCUCGCCUGA